UUCGACGUCAGUGGGGCGCCUUCAUUAGGCAGUUUUGGCACGUGAAUGUAAACAAAGUUUGCCCGUUUUGUCGGUGGUGGCAGGUGCUGUGAGCGGAGUGCUGGGGCAUUGUAACGGACGAAGUUCUGGUUUUGGGACUGGAUCCAUCAUAUUGAAGCUAUGGAGGAUGAAUUUGAACCACUUGAUCCAACACUGAAGAAUGUGGUUGAUCAGACAUCCCUCAAAUGGAUAUUUGUGGGUGGAAAGGGAGGUGUUGGCAAAACAACUACAAGCUGUAGCCUGGCCGUCCAGCUGGCUAAAGUCCGUGAGAGUGUCCUCAUCAUCUCAACAGAUCCUGCCCACAACAUAUCAGAUGCUUUUAAUCAAAAGUUUACAAAAGUACCAACCAAAGUCAAUGGAUUCAACAACCUUUCUGCCAUGGAGAUCGACCCCAACGCCGGCUUCCACGAGCUGCCGGAGGAGUACUUUGAGGGCGAGUCGGAGGCGAUGCGCGCCGGCAAGUCGGUCAUGCAGGAGCUUCUCUCCGCCUUUCCGGGCAUCGACGAAGCCAUGAGCUACACCGAGGUCAUGAAGCUGGUGAAGAACAUGAACUUCUCGGUGGUGGUGUUCGACACGGCGCCGACCGGCCACACGCUGCGCCUGCUCAGCUUCCCGCAGGUGGUCGAGAAGGGCCUCGGCAAGCUGCUCCGCCUGAAGAAUCAGAUCAGCCCCUUCGUCACCCAGAUGGGCAACCUGCUGGGUCUGGCCGACUUUAACCCGGACGAUAUGUCGUCGCGGCUGGAGGGCAUGCUGCCAGUCAUCCAGCAGGUCAACGAGCAGUUUCGCAACCCGGACCAGACGACGUUUGUGUGCGUGUGCAUUGCCGAGUUCCUGUCCCUGUACGAGACGGAACGGCUGGUGCAGGAACUGACCCGCACCGGCAUCGACACACACAACAUCGUCGUCAACCAGCUGCUGAUGCUGAAGCAGGGCGAGCGGCCGUGUCGAAUGUGCGCCGCCCGCUGCCGGAUACAGCAAAAGUACCUGGACCAGAUAGCAGACUUGUACGAAGACUUCCACGUGACGAAGCUACCACUGCUGGACCACGAGGUGCGCGGCGUUCCGGCCGUGAGCGAGUUCUCGGCUCAGCUGCUGACGCCGUACCGGCCGUGACGGCAGCGCCCGGUCCGCGCCCGGCCCGGCCCCGCUCCGCUCCGCUCUCAUCCGCACCGCACAGACCGUGUCAUUCGUCAAAUAUAUUGCAACACCGCGCGAGCGAAGGCCGUUUCUCGACAUGCCGUGUCGUGCGCUGCUCUGGACCGCAGGCGCAUGUCGGGCUCGCGCCGAGGAUUUGCUGUUCUUUUGGGAGGAUAACCAAAGGUUGUGCAUCGUAAUGUUGGAGGGAACAAAGUUGUCGUCGGGGCUAUUUUGCGUGAUAUGAAUUUAGGUAUAACCGCGUUUCGAUACUUCCAACGGAUCGAGACGUUGAUAGAGACAAUAAAUUACACAACCACGAUACAAUGCUAGGUUUGAAGUUUCUUCAUGACAUUCAGCUACUCUGGUCGCCAUGUUGAGGUGCACCGCUUCAAAAACGGAGCGUUCUGCGCCAACCGGCUCCGAUCAUGUGCAGACGGGUAGUUGAGAGCCGCGCUGCUCGAGUGUUCGCAGCCGGUCCCUGGCCGCAAUACACGUGACAUCGCUUUA